AGUAAAUUAAAUUGGACGAGGAUCACUGCAUGCAAGCAAAAGAUGGGCUGUUUGAAUCAAACCACUCUCGCCCCGAGGUUUAGUUAUAGGGGAACAUUCGGACUAGACAUUUAAACAUAAAGAUCAAGAUCAACAACUAUCGCGAUUGAUCUGAUCGGUCUUUUCUCCACGCUCGCUACUUCAUUUCGGUCGCAGAGUCAUCGACAUGGGCUCCCUUCGUUUUCUCCUUUUCGCAUCGAUCGCCACUUUGGUUUCCUGUCGCGAUGUCCCCGAUAACAUCAAGGCUUUCAAAGAGAGCAUCAUAAAACAGGGCUCUUGUAAUGAUACUCUCGCAGAAGGCUUCCACAGCGCCGACGGCGACGAUGGCUGUAAGCCUUCCAAGAGCCGCAUUGCAACCGCGACUAAUCAGUGCCAGCAUACGUCUACUGCGGCGACCAUCUCAAAGACUACAAUGUGAUAUAUCUUCAGGGCACCAAAGGCAAGCUCGUCAAUAUGGACAUCGACUGUGAUGGAGUCCAGGGCAGCUCUGCAGAUGACGGGCGCUGUGGCUCAUCAGGCGACACACAAUCCGUCACGUCUUUCCAAGACCAGCUAAAAUCGUAUGGAACGGAUCAGAAGGACCUCGAUGCCAAUAUUCAUCCUUACGUGGUGUUCGGAAACGUGGGUACCAAGAAGAACUGGCCAACUUUUGAUGCGCAAAAGCACGGCAUCAAGCCACUGAGUGUGAUGGCUGUUGUAUGUGGCGAUAAAAUGUUUUACGGCAUCUGGGGCGACGAGAAUGGCGAUGAUGGUGAUGAAGCUAUGGUCGGAGAGGCCUCCGUCUCUCUUGCAACAGCUUGCUUCGGCGAUGAUGUGAACGGCGACAAUGGUCAUGAUGAAGAUGAUGUAUUGUAUAUUGCCUUCCCUGGUAGCGACGCUGUCCCAGGAGAAGAUGGUGCCGACUGGGACGCCAAAAACUUCAAAGACUUCGAAGAGAGUCUUGGUGGUGUUGGAGAUAAGUUGGUCGCUCGAAUCGAGGACACCGAUAGUGGUGCCUCUUGCUUGUGGCCUGGUACAUGGGGAAUGGGUCUACUCGUCGCAUCGGCUAUGGUUGCCAUGGUGGUUUGAACACAAGAGGGUGUAUGCAUAGUGGGCUUCGGCAGCUCAUGAUUCUGGCGAUGUUUUGUGCUACGAACCUAAUGUUUAUUAUAUGGAGUGUUGAUAUUGGGCAUUUGGCUGCAUAUAGAAGAAGCCAUCAUAGACAUAGAAUACCUAAUUGUACACUUUUGUUACCUUCUGCUU